AUGGGAUUCAAGUAUUUGAAUGCUGAAUUGGUACAUGAUGUUCUGAGUACCAAUAACUUACAUCGAAAAGAGGAUGAAGAAGUCUCUACAGAGAGAGGUAGAGUGAUAGCAUGGCUAAGAGAUCAGUUCGAAGAGUCUGUUACAACCCAGAAACGUCCACCCCUCAGUAUCUGUACUAGUGUCAAGACAAUUCUAAAAGAUGAUGCCACUGUGUUUGAGCAGUUCAAAGAGAGUACCAGGAUCCACCUUUUUAAAGAGGGGUCUUAUAUUCUAGAUAGCAUCACUACGUCAUCUGCUGGUAUAGACGAUCUAUUCCAAUGGUUGGACAAGACAAGAAAUGAUUUAACGAUAAUGAUGACGACGUUUGUUCUCAGCUACGAGCAACAAGAUUCUGUUGUGAGACUCUCAAGAUCAAUGUUCCAGACGAUAUUGAAUGAGCCAGUCAACAGGAAGAAACUAUUCCUGGUCUACCAGCAACAACUCACAUCGGAGAGUUCGUUAUUCGAUCCAGAGCGUCUUCAGUACUACAACAAGCUGCUUCAAAUGGCUGGAUAUCAGGAAGAGGUUGAUGAUCUAAUGGUGCAAGUUACGAGAUCCAUCAUCCAGGCGCGUGUAGAGAUGGAAUACACUGGACAUUGGCAGGCCCCGGCUCUUCCUAGUCUACUGGACUGGGUAGAGCACCAGGUUUACAGAAGACUUUGCCUCAUUCAGUGCACGCCAAAUCUGACUCUGGAAUGUCUAGAGUCUAUGUCCAAGAACGAACUAGCACUUGUGAGAACCAAAGAAUGCUUUGAUAUUGUGAACAGCUAUCCUGGUUCUACCAGUGCUCUUGAGGAGAUCAGAAUUUGCUUGAAAACUACACAACAGCGAGAAAAGUUGAUAUACACCUUCAUAUCCGCAUGCGAUAAGAGACUGCUUCACUCGGGAGCUAACACAGUGGACGUGGUUUCUUUCUACAUAUCCACUAUACGAUCGUUUUUGAUCAUAGACCACAGGGCCGUAUUGCUCGACAAAGUGUGCAGACCAAUACGGAGAUACUUAAAGGAGAGAGAAGAUACCAUUCAAAAAAUUGUCUUUGCAAUGCUGGACGAGACCGAAGAUAACUCAUUGAUUGAUCUGGCAAAUGAGCUGAGGAAGGGUGGGGAGCAGAACCUGAGUGUUGACGAUUUUGCAAAUGAUCUUAACUGGGUCCCCGAUCCAAUAGAUGCUCUUCCAGAUUUCCGCAAGGGUGUGGUCAGCGAUAUAAUAGAGUCUUUGAUCUCGUUGUUUGACUCCAAAGAUAUAUUUAUGGGUGAAUUUGUGAACGUCUUCGCAGACAAACUUCUAAAACUGACUGACUACGAUACCUCUGACAUCAUGCUGAAGUUGGAGUUGCUGAAAUUGAAGUUUGGUGACUCGGAGUUCAGCUCUCUGGAUGUCAUGCUAAAGGAUUUUGCUGACAGUAAAGCGACAGACUCUGCUAUCCACAAAGAGACAGAUGUGGACCCACAAUUUCAUUCUUCCAUACUAUCACACCUUUAUUGGCCAGCGCUGGAUAAGGAGACGUUCUCGUUACCGUCAUACGCAACUGCCGAAGCUGAUAAAUACGCAGAGGCGUUUACAUUAUCAAGGAAAGGACGGAAACUCAAGAUGGUUCCAUCUCUGGGAACGGUGUCUAUCGAUGUAGAAUUUGCAGACAGAACCGAGACAUACAUUGUUACCCCGGAUAAAGUUGCUGUUCUUGAUCUCUUUCAAUCUCCCAAAGGUUUGCAAUUGGAAGACGUUUGUGGAUCACUGAACAUGUCUGACUCUCUUGCAAGAAGAAACAUUGUUUAUUGGCUAAAAGCUGGAGUUUUGCAAGAGACACCAUCGGGAGUAUUCAGGGUGGUGGAGAACCAGGAAGACACCCAGAGGCGAGCUGGUGCCAGCAUGGCCGAUAAUCAUCUCAUUGAUGACACACCAGACGAUUCUUCAGUCAAUGCAAUGGAAUCUUAUCUCCCUUUCAUUCUCGGGAUGCUCACCAAUCUGGGUGCUACUCCAAUUCCAAAAAUGCACUCGUUUUUGCAAAUGUUGGUACCAAAGGAUAAUCCUUAUACGGCUACGCAGAGCCAGCUAGAAGCUUACUUGAGCACAUUAGUGGAUGAAGACAAGCUGGAACUUGUCAAUGGCGGGUCCUACAAGUUGAAGAAGUGA